AUGUCGAAAUCAAGCCUACCCAGCGUCGAGGAUCUGCCGUCGGCAGAGGAGCUGAAAGAAGAUGCUGUCGUCGCAACGAAACAAACAUUCGCGAGUCUGCGAUCCCUAGUGGCAGGAGGUGCUGGUGGUGUGGCUGCCGUCAUUGUCGGACACCCCUUCGAUCUGGUCAAGGUGCGCUUGCAAACCGCUCAAGCCGGCGUUUACAGCGGCGCAAUGGAUGUUGUGAGGAGGACUGUUGCAAAGGAAGGUCUCGUGAGGGGUCUUUACGCUGGUGUUUCGGCUCCUCUGGUUGGAGUCACUCCAAUGUUCGCCGUCAGCUUCUGGGGAUACGAUCUGGGCAAGAAGCUCGUCAGGUCGCUCAGCACAGUAGAGAAUAACCAGUUCACCACUGGCCAGAUCUGCGCCGCCGGUGCCUUCUCCGCCGUUCCCACCACCGCCAUCGCAGCCCCCUUUGAGCGUGUCAAGGUCUUGCUGCAGAUCCAGGGUCAAAAGACAUUGGCUCCCGGCGAGAAGCCAAAGUACGCAGGUGGUGUUGAUGUCGUGCGUCAACUCUACAGGGAGGGUGGUAUCAGGUCUGUCUUCAGAGGAAGCGCCAUGACACUCGCCAGAGACGCUCCUGGAUCAGCAGCCUACUUUGCAGCCUACGAAACCGUCAAGCGUGCACUCACGCCCAAGAACGCAGACGGCACACCCGGCGAGCUCAGUCUGCUUGCCGUCAUGGCUGCUGGAGGUGCUGCCGGUAUUGCCAUGUGGAUUCCUGUCUUCCCCGUUGACACCGUCAAGAGUCGUCUGCAAUCGGCAGAGGGCAACCCUACCAUCAGCGGUACCGUCAAGGAGCUCUACAGAAGAGGAGGCUACAAGGCAUUCUUCCCUGGUAUUGGUCCCGCAAUGGCUCGUGCUGUCCCCGCCAACGCUGCCACUUUCCUCGGAGUGGAACUGGCCCAGAAGGCCAUGUCCAAGAUGUUUGACUAG